UCGACGUCGAGGUCCCGAUAGCGAUCGAAUUCGAGACAGAGGACAGAACCAGAAGGACUGAGUUUGUGUCUGGUUGUUGAGAUCUAACUCACUGUCUUUGGCUUUUUCGCGUCAAAUCAACCCAAAGAAGAAUCACAUGCAUGAACUGUUUCUAUCUUAAAGAAGCUGCAAUAUGGCGAUAAAUCAAUCUGCUCAUGAACCUAGAUGUUUGAUGAUCAAGACCUGGGAUUUUUCGCCAAUUUCCUUGGCAUUUUUAUAUUUGUUUUGGUGAUAGCUUACCAUUAUGUGAUGGCUGACCCAAAAUAUGAAGGCAACUGAAAUAGAUGUUUCUUGGAUAAGAGGCUAAAUGAUAUUUAGAACAUGCCAAUUUUGUUAGCUCGGUACAGGGGAAAAUUUUAGUUCAGUAUAUUCAUUUUCUGGUUACUAUCAAUUUAUCAUCAUUGUUGGAAUGAUUUAUAGUUACAAAUUAUCUUCAUAUAUUAAGACUUAUUAUGAUUAAUUGCAAUGAUUAUUUUAUCAUA